AUGGGCAGGUCCAAAAUUCAGUCUCUGGAGCCCAAGACGCCCCCUCCAGCGGCUGCUCCCCCGGCACCGCCUGGAGGCGAGAUGGCCUCGUUGCUGGGUCCUGCAGUUCCUUAUCCAUCCUACCAAGAACAAGAUGCCGUCCAGCCUCUACGCGAUACAAUGCAAGGAACCGGUUCUUCCUACACUCCCACCAUUUCCCACUACAAUCAAAAUGCCGUUUACAGCAGCUUUGGUGACGCUAAUCUACGACCCAACACGGGUGAAGCUAAUUGGGUCCAUGGUGAACUUUUGGGUAUGGCAUUGCACGAAAUAUUAAAGACGCUUCAAUGGUCGAACAUUAUUUCUUGUUCCCUGGUGAUUAUAUUGGAGGUUAUGGUCGCCAUUUUUCGCAUUUUUGCUUUGGCGAAAUUUGUAAUGGGCUGCUACCUGGCAUUCUUUGCAUCCCUCCUACUGCGAGUGGAAAUCGCUCAAAUCAUCAAACAACAUCGACAACAGCAAAAACUCGAACAUGAGAAUCAAUCUGCAAAUGGUGGUGGCUCAGCAGAUGGUUGGAUACUGAAUACUGGCCUACGACAUGCGAGUCGGAUACCAGAUGUUCAGGCUCCCUUUCUUCGCGACAAUUUUGGUCUCCUCUUUCAUCCAUCUGGAAAGGCUUCCAUUCUGCUACUCAUGUCAUCCAUGUGUGUGGGGCAGCACAAUAAUAUAUUCGAGCUUGUCUUGGGUGGUGUGUUCGGGCUGAAUGCAAUCAUCAUACUCUACCUAUUGUGUCAGUAUCCUAGUUACAGACGGCAAGAAGACAUUCCAGUUCCCGUUUUACCGCCGUCACCAAAUUCCCAACGCGGAGCACAAGUCCGGCAAUCUGCUACAUGGUCCUACUAUGAAAAUGAUGCCUCCUCAGUGUGGCAAGUAGCUGCCACGAUUGCAGAAGGAACAUCCUACCUCACCUCCACAGGAAACAGCAACAACAACAAACCCUCUUAG